GGUUGCCUCCCCCUUUGCCUGGCCGUCCGUCGUCUCAUUUGGCUGCCCAGGCACCCCGACGCUCGCCAUGCCACGUUCCCGGCCAUGCGCCCCCGCACUCGCCCCAUGUGUCUCGCUCAGGACAGCGCGCACAACCAGCAGCUUCCUGUUGGGGCUGCUCUGUCUCCUGGCGCUCGCGACCCUGAGCCAGGGCCAGAACUUCACCGGCCCAAACUGCUUUAAGACCUUCAACAGUUGGAAUUCCCCACCACAGGGAAUAGUCAUAGAUCAAGGUCCAUGGACUACAGAAACGAGAGGGGCGUUCGAUAUGACACUGUCGCCCAAUACAUCUCGGUUCCACUUCUAUACCACCGGCACUCUGCUAUAUGGACAAGUCUCGGCUCUGAUUUUAGGAUCGAGCACGCCUGGAGUAUUCACUUCUAUGCGACUCGAGAACAGCCAAACGGGAGCGAACAUAUCACUGAGCGUAUUCGCUGGGGGACUCAUCCAGCAGCGGCUUCAAACACCAGUCUCCUCUAUCGCCAAUCAAAAUACAACGACGCUGCCGACAGAUACACAGUUUAUCAAUUAUACCAUCAACUGGACGCCAGGAUCUGUGAUUUUCAACUCGCCAAUGAGGAUUGCAAUUGAGACGUUCUAUCAGUCCUCGAACAGUACAUCAAUUCCGGCUGGUGCCAAUUAUGCUGCCAUAUCAAACUUGACCAUAUCAUGCAACAGCACGGCACAGUCCUCAACCACUUCCAGCGUCACUCCUACGUCGAUCGUCACUUCAAUCGCUUCCGCACAACCCAAGCCAACAACGACUCCUCCGCCAGUGGUUGACCCUCCUGCCACGAGUCCCGCAGCCAUUGCUGUUCCUGUUGUUGUUGUGGUCAUCCUCGUCGCUGCUGGUGUUGGCUUCUACAAGUUCAGAACCCGCCUGGGACUCGACAAGUUUGCUGGCUUGGGCAGACAGAGCGGCUCCGGAUCGUCAGAAUCAAGAUCUGCUCAACCUCGUGCAAUCCCACCCAUCCAGAUGCUUCAGUCCAAUCCCUCAUCAACAGCGGACCCAUUGCAGAACAGUAUCCAAGAUCGAGAAAUGACUCUGCCUGAUCGUGAUGUCCUCAGUGCAUCAUCCGAUCACUCUGCUACUUACAGAGCAGAUCAGCUUAGUCAAGCCGACAUUCCUUUGAGUGCACUCGAUCCCUCCACCGGCAAUCGCCGUGGGUCCAUCGCCAAGCUGGGUCUGCCUGAUCAUUCAUUCCACGACUCACAGUCUGACGGCAACGACCACAGUGUGCCGGCAUAUCCAGAAUCUUCACCAAAUCUCCUCUCGCGGCGCCAUUCAAGCUCAACGCUGCCCCCUCCCUACUACCAGAGCAUAACCUAUGUGCCUCCACCUGUUCCAGAGAUCACUGUCUAUGUAUCAACCUCGGAGCCAGACUCCAGCGACAAUACGAACAACCCGCCCACGACGAAUCGCGAGUCCAUGCUCUCUGGCACCACCGACUCGGUGCCUCAGAACUGACACAUGGAUCUCCUUCCUCGAGGGCUUGCAACCUCAUCAAGGAUGUGACAACAUCUACAGCAAGUAGACGUGACAACAUCCACAACAAGUACAACACCUUCGCUAUGGCCAGCGGCAGCAUUUCUGGAUCAAAUGCUCAAAUGCUCGGUUUUAUCUAUGUAUCUUGUCGUGUUUGUUGCUACAACAGUACAUUUGAUUCAAUAUGACAGA